AUGGGAAAGCGAAUCGUGAUCACUGGAGGCUCUGGCAAAGCCGGACAGCAUAUCAUCAGAUAUCUCCUUCAACAAGGCCAUGAUCUCCUGAACCUCGACCUCGUUCCUCUUCCCGUCGAGCUAGAAGAGCAAGUCCAUACAAUGCGCGUCGACCUGACAAACACCGGACAGGUCUACAGCGCACUAGGCUCUCAUUUCCACUUGACCGAGCCAUUCCGCGAACCACUCGGGCUAGUCCCCGAUGCAGUCAUUCACAUGGCCGGGUAUUCGCGCAACAUGAUCGUCCCAGACGACGAAACCUUCCGCGGUAAUACCUCGGCAACGUACAACAUAAUCGAAGCCGCCUCGCGCCUCGGUAUCAAGAAAAUCAUCAUCGCCAGUUCUGUCACAGUCUACGGCGUGAGCUAUGCAGAGGGAGAUGUAGAUUACCCUUCCUUCCCAGUUGAAGAAACCGUCGACGCAAACCCAAUGGACACGUACGCCAUUUCAAAGGUGUGCGGCGAGAGCAUUGCGCGUGGAUUUGCGCGUCGGUAUGGAAGUGAUAUCUAUAUACUGCGUAUUGGUCGCAUUGUUGCGCCGGAGGAGUACAAACAGUCCAUGUUCCGUUCCUAUGUUGAAAAUCCCGAGAAAUGGGCGCCGCAUGGGUGGUCGUACAUUGAUGCUCGUGAUCUUGGGCAGAUGUGUGAUCUUGGAAUUCAGAAGGAUGGCCUUGGGUUUCAGGUUUUUAAUGCUGUCAAUGACGAAAUUACCAAUUAUGAGAACACUGGUGAGUUCUUAGCGCGGGUUUGUCCUGGUGUCCCGGUUACGCGAGAGUUGGGGGCCAGAGAGGCUCCGAUCAGUAACCGGAAAAUUAAGGAGCUGCUUGGAUUUAAAGAAGAGCAUCAUUGGAUGAAGUAUUAUGAAUAA